AGCAUUACUGCUACUCUUUUAUUUCGUUGUGUUGGUGUGUUAUUGCCUGUGGAUCUGAAAUUCGUGGUAUUUAAAGUCUGUUUUGUUCAGAUCUAUCUAAUGUAUGAAUCCGUUUGAUGUCGUUCAAGUUUUACAAAUUGUUCGUUAUAUCAAAUCAACCAAGACUUACUGCGUGACCUUGGAAAUGCUAGCCAUUUGGGGAUUUUUGGUUAAUGUAGGCCCUCAUGACCCUUGCUAGGACGUUUUUGUGUCUGGUUUUGGAAGUCGUGGUUGAUUUAGGUCACUUUGUGUUGUAAUUUUGUCUUAAUCGGGGUAGGAGUAAUUGGAUGAUGGGAAGUGUACUAGGUGGAAAAAUGCACACGCUUGCGGCAACAAAUGCACGGUGAUCUGUUUGAUGCACUGUCUAGAACCACUAGAGUUGCAGGGAAUUGUGGAAGGUUACUCCACUAGUUUGGUUUGCCUUGCUGGUGCGGGGGAAGUUGAUGGAAUCAUUUCCUUCAGUAAAAAACAUUCUUCUUCUAGACUCAGAAGGGAAGCGUGUAGCAGUCAAGUAUUACUCAGAUGAUUGGCCAACAAAUAGUUCAAAGUUAGCUUUUGAAAAAUCUGUUUUUACUAAGACUUUGAAGUCUAAUGCUCGGGCAGAAGCGGAGAUAUCUAUGUUCGAGAACAACAUUGUUAUUUACAAGUUUGUGCAGGACCUGCACUUCUUUGUGACUGGAGGUGAUGAUGAAAAUGAACUCAUCUUAGCCACAGUUCUUCAGGGAUUCUUUGAUGCAGUUGCCCUUCUCUUGAGGAACAAUGUUGACAAAAUGGAGGCACUUGGGAACUUGGAUCUUAUUCUCUUAUGCCUUGAUGAGAUUGUUGAUGGAGGGAUGAUACUUGAAACAGAUGCCAGUGUCAUUGCAGGAAAAGUGGCGAACCAUAGCAUGGAAGCUGACGCACCAUUGUCUGAGCAAACUAUAACUCAAGCAUGGGCCACGGCACGUGAACAUUUGACAAGAACCCUUCUCAAAUGAUUUAUGCCGCCGGCACCACGGAGGAUUUGUCAUAUUGAGUUGGAUUCUUUUGGUUGUUGAAAUUUCCGCUUCUGCAGCUUCCUUCUUUUUCCUUUGUUUAGCUGAUGGGGCGACAAGAAUGGUGCAAUUGGGGCUCUCUUUUUGUCCCACUAUCUUCUCUUUUCCUUCAAUAAUAUCAGUUGUUUCUUGUAGACUUUGUCGUGAUCUAACCAAAAAUAAUAAUAAUAAUAAUGAUUCCAUUUCCAGCCAAA